UGCUUCCCAGAAGCCCUCACUGGUCGCGUCUCUGAAGCGCGAUAGCGAGUUCAUCUCUAGUUCUUCGUCCUCCUCUCUUUCUGUUUGAUCUCGUGUCCGGGCCAGCGGAGGAAAAUGAGUUCCCAGAUAUACAGAGCCGCUUCAAGGAGCGUCAGAGCGCUCCUUUCCGCCUCCCGGAACUCGGGUCUCUUCUCCGAAGGGCGAGCAAUAGCAGCGGCACCUGUCACUUCUUUUAGAGGAAGAUUGUCUACACUGGCUCCAGUUUAUCAGCAGGCAGAAGCCAGGAGUACCUCAAGGGGAUGGGUUUCUGGAGCCCUAGUUCUUCCUGCAGCAGUGUACAUGCUUCAGGAUCAGCCUGCACAAGCUGCUGAGAUGGAGCGUACUUUUAUUGCUAUCAAGCCAGAUGGAGUGCAAAGGGGCCUGGUUGCAGAAAUUAUUGAUCGUUUCGAACGCAAAGGAUACAAGCUUGUGGCCAUUAAGCUGGUGAUUCCGACAAAGGACUUUGCUGAAAAACACUACCAUGAUCUCAAGGAGAGGCCUUUCUUUAAUGGCCUAUGCAAUUUUCUCAGCUCUGGUCCUGUUCUUGCGAUGGUUUGGGAAGGGGAAGGAGUGAUAAAGUAUGGCCGGAAGCUUAUUGGAGCUACUGAUCCCCAGAAAUCAGAGCCUGGAACGAUUAGAGGAGACCUUGCAGUUGUGGUUGGACGGAACAUCAUUCAUGGAAGCGAUGGUCCUGAAACUGCGAAGGAUGAGAUCAGCCUUUGGUUCAAGCCGGAGGAACUUGUCAGUUAUACCAGUAAUGCUGAAAAAUGGGUUUAUGGCAGCAACUAGGCAGCCGAUUUUCCUUUUAAAUUAUUAUUAUUAUUAUUAUUAUAUUUAUUACUGCAUAUGCGGUGCAUGUUGAGUUGUGGUUCUCCGACCGGGACGACUGGUUGCGUCGAGGAAAUAAGGCUUUGAUGUAAAAAAACCUUCAUUGCAAACAAGUCAUGCAAUUGAUUUAAUAAAAUAGCCAUUUUCCUUUCUUUGAA